AUGCCGCCAAAGGCCAAGCAAAAGAAUACCGCAAAUCAGCACCGUCAUGAGAGCGGUUUGGCCAGACCUGCCCCUGGCAAGCGAGUCACCAAGCAGCGAUCCAACAACCACCUCCCGACCACCAAUGGUCAGGCAAACCACUCGCUCCCUGCUGCCGCUCCCGACGGCCUAAAUGACCCCGACAUCGCCGACGACUCGCCCGCCUCGCUGCCCGACGACGAAAUGGCUGCAGCUACCACCGCAAGCAGCACUCCGCCCGUUACAGCUGCUCCCUCCGAGUCCUCUCGUCGCGUGUCCGAUGCCCCCGCCUACAGCUCCUCCGUCAAUACCUCCAAGCUCGCGGGCCGUUCGGCUACCAGCAGUUUCUCCAUGGCCAUGACCAUCCUCAGCGCGUGUCCGCUGUCCGAUGCCAUUGCCAUUUUGAUCCUGUUGAUGUCGCUNCCCCCGGCACUCGUCAUGCUCAUUCACAGUCUCUUCGCUUCUCUUACCUUUGUCCCUCCUACCGCCGGUGUCUCGUUGAGCUCAUGGAACGGAAUGCCUGCUCUCGCGGAUUGGUUCCAUGCCACGUCUGCCGGCGGACCCUCGCUCUUUACAAUUCUUUUCACAGAUGCGGUCAUGACAGUGAUCUACCUGUGUAGCGGCCUAUUCUUACAAAAUAUUUACCUGGACCUGGGCCAGGCUGUGAUAGCCAUCUCUCUGAGCGGCGCUACCGCAGCGCCAGACCGUUCAGGCCAGAGUGUCGCUGCUUGCAGUGUCCUCGUCUGUGUUUCUCAUUUCCUUCGUUAUAACAAAAUCCAUCUCAUGGGCCUGGAACACCUGCGCUCGCUGUUGCAGAAUCUUGGUAUCGGCCAACAUUGGAGUCCCAUCCCUCGGCCGACUUUUUCUUCUUCACCCUAUGCCGCCUACGGUUGGUACCGUGCUCUGCUCGGCUGUCACAUUCUGGCUCAAGGCAUACUAACUCUCGGUCGUCGUUCUUUGUCGGGAUAUUCUAACCAAUCCCGCGGUAGUGCGAGCAAGAAACAAGAUCCGGAAGCAGCAUCGUAUGGAGACGGAGCCAAGUCGUCAACGAGUCCUGGCGAUUCGGGUCAGGAACCUGCCGGCGGCCUGGGCUCGGACGGCCGACCUCUCGCACCGUCUUCAGCGAUGCGCGACGGCAACCAACGUGUUUCAACAGUCAAGAAAAAGAAAAAGCAUGCGACCGUAGUGCGCAGUCGACAGCCGCUAUGGGCAGCUAUAGCCAGUACAAAAGUAACAUUUUUAAAAGAGAUGGAACAGAAACAAGCUUCCGAAGACCAAGCAGAAGCCACUGCUCACGAUCCGACCAACGACAACCAGCUCAUCCCUCGCAUUUCUACCGAAGAUCGCAUAUCGAUUGUCGACAUUCGUCCUGCCGAUAUCUUGUUCCGUGCCCACCUUCCCUCCUUCUCCACUGCUUCCAGAUCAACGGCAGACCCGAGCCAUCCCGUUAGUGCAGGCAUCGAUAAAUCGAAGCCUUUCUUUGUCCGUAUGAACGGUGCGGAUUGGGGGUCGACCAAGAUCAGCGAAGAAGGAGAAGGUCAGGAUACAGUGUGGCAUGGCGAGAUACUUGGGUUGACUCCUUUGACUAACUACAGCUGUGAACUGAUCAGCAUGUCUGACCAGAGCGUUCUGUGUAGCACUAGCCUCGUUACGCUUCCUGCUCCUAGCACCGAGCAAACCUCGAUUGUCACUGCACCUCCUCAACCGCAAUCUCUCCGCCCGCUAUCGCCCAUCUCAACCUUGAAGCAGUCCAUUGCCGCUGCCGAGAUGAAACGUGAAGACGCCAGGAACAAGCUCAAGCGUGCGCGCCGUGAUCACAAGAACGCCGCUUCUGCCGUACGCAAAGAGAUCGAUCAGCUCAAUGCCAAGGUUGCUUCUAGUGGAGGUCAGGAUGAACGCCAGCGACAGAGAAUUCUUCAAUUGACCCAACAUCUACGUCAAGCAAAUGAAGCGACGGUUGCUCUGAAGGAUGAAACUGACGCGCUCGGCGAGAUUCCUCAAGCUGAGCUUCGCGAGUACAAUGAGAAGAAACGUGCUUGGCAGGCUGCUUGUGACAAGAAGUCUGCUGCCAUGGCCGAUCUUGAAGCUACUAAAUCCCAAGCUCAGCGUGAAAUCUCGCAAGUCAGCUCUGAAUUGACCUCGGCUGCUCAGAAGCGCGAACGACUCAGCACUCGCAAGGGAAAGCUGACGGAGCAACUUGACCGCCUGACCAACCAGAAGAGAGCCGACAUGAGCGCCAGGCAAAAGCACGACCAGGAGCGAGCCAACAGACUCUCCGAGUAUCAGCGUCAAGAAGCCAAUCUCGUAUACUGGACCCAGCAAAGCAACAAGGAUGCUGAAGACAACACUCUUCGGGCUAACGAGGCAUUUGCACACAUGGAAUACCUCAGCAAUGUUGUCGUACAACAGCAACAUACUCUCUCCGGACCCCCUACUCCCGAAGGCAACCUCCCUGGAACCAAUGGACCUCCCAACCACCAACCCUCCACAUUCGACUUUAACAUGUUUGGUGGAGGGUUCGGACAAGGGUUUGGAGGAUUGAGCAAUGGCGGUGCGACUCAAGUCAGAGGACGUAGCAGCUCGAUGCUCUCGGGCUACAGCGGCUUCACGGACGAUGAUCUCGACACGCUGGCUGGAGCUGAGAGUGCACAGAACGAGGCGCUAUUGUUGGAGCACGACAAGGGCAAGGGCAGGUUGGCUAGCAGUCCCAUCGGUAGCAAGUAA